UCAAAAGUGCGAAAGGGGGACGUAGAACGCAUUGUUGUUUUCAUACCUUCGUUAAUUUGUCGCCGACAUUUAGAGUGUUUAUUGAAUUCGUUGUGAAAUAAUAGUGUUUGCUGUAAGUUGAAAGCCAUUGCGAUCAUUUGCGGUGAAAUCUAUUUAUCAUUUAAUGUUCUAAAGAAGCAAAAAUUGCGAUAAGAUAUCGCAAAUUUGCGUAACAAAGAUGGAGGACGAGAUGAUAUUGAGCCGGCCAACGGACCGUCGUUUGGUGAAGGAUGAUAGCAGUUUGCCGCCAGGACCGCCUGGCGCUGAGAAUGAUUCGUUUGAACUAGUACAAAAAGAAUCGACCACAUCGAAAAAAGAAUCAAAGCCAAGUCGUGAUCCUCGUCGCCGAUCAUCUUCAACUCCACGUGAUAGACGUUCACGUAGCCGAAGUCGUGGUAAGAGACGUAGCCGCAGUCGUGGUCGAGACUACAGUCCACCGCCAGAAAGGAGACGAUAUGGUAGUAAUCGAAACCGUCGAUCCAGAGAUCGAAAUAUUCGUUCACCGCCUGAACGAAAUCGAUCGCGCGAACGAAUCAACAGACGUCGCGAUCGAAGUCGUUCACGUGAUCGUUAUCGAAAUCGCCGUUCACGCAGUCGCAGUAGCAGUCCGCUGCAGCGUCGUUGGAGUCCAAUGCCGAAACCUCCAUCUCCGGCGAUGCCUCCACCACCACAGUAUUCUGUUCCGCAAUAUGAUGCAUAUGGAUCUUAUGGCAAUCAAUACAUGAGUCAGUUUCCCGCCUACGAUUACGCUAAUCAUCCAGUGCAAGUGCCGUAUCCUCCAACAUAUCCAUGCGAGCCGCAAGCCUGGCCUCAGCCACCAGCAGCUCCUCAGCCUGCUGCACCCCAACCGCCGCAAAUAACUUCUGCUCCGGAGAGUGAUGAAGAACAAACCAAGCGUCACGCUGCGAUCGCUCAAGAAGCUCAGAAUCAACGGGACCAACUGAAGAAGCAGCGAAACGACUACUUGAAGCGAGCGGCAGCCUUGAAGCGUGAAAUGAAGAUUCUAAAAGACCAGCGAAGUGAUUUAGUAUCGACAACGGCACCACCGAGUCCUACAACAAAAGGAUUUUUAGAAGAGAAUGAUCGGUUGCAGAGUCAGAUUCAGAAGAAGCUCAGCACAAUUGAAAAUGUCAUUGACAUGCUAUCAAACAUUAUCGGUGAGGAAAAGCCAUCAGCGUCGUCGGAUGAGCAGCCCAGCAAGAAGCAGACGAAAAAGUCGAAAAAUGAAGACGACGAUGAUGACUGCAGCAGCUCUUCGUCGCCGGAGCGUUUGAAGACCAAACUGAUUGAAAGCAUGAAAUCGAAAAGGGAAAGCGCAAAAAAAUCUACUGAGGCUCCGGCUCCAGUAAAAGUAGAGAAGAUUAAGGAGGAACCGUCUGGAAAAAUUCAAAAUGAAAAACCUGCAACACCGGCCAAAAAAAUUAAUUAUUCUUUUUACGACCCAGAGAUGCAUUGGUGUACAACGUGUAAUGUUUUCCCAAAAACCGCAAAAGACUAUCUCAAUCAUUUGCACAGUGAAGAACAUGGAAAGAAUUGCUUAACCCCGGACACUCCGUGGCACGAGAACGUUGUGAAUGAUGAAUUUCCUACUUAUUCGAGCGCUCCAACAAAAAGGACACCGAUUCGUGGCCUUCAGUUCUUUGUCCCUUCAACAGGAUGGUAUUGUAAGAUGUGCAAUUUCUGGAUGGGUGACCUGCACUGUGCAUCUUCUCAUUUGAAAUCUCGUUGCCAUUGGGAUAAAUACAAUAAAUACAUCGAGCAAAAUCCCCACUUUGAAGUCGAUUGGAUGGCAGAACGACAGAGGGUCUUGGACGGUCAACGGGCUAAAGAAAAUUGUCCACCACCGCCACCACAGAUAACGACAGUAGUUUCAACAACAGGCAUGGAUCUGCUGGAAAGCAUACCACUCCAGAUAAACAAUCAAAAAGUUAAUUUGGAUUUAGACAAAAAGGAGAAGAAGAAGAAAAAGAAGGAAGAGAAGAAAGACAAGAAGAAAAAGAAGCGUUCAAAGAAACGAAAGAAAUCAUCGUCAUCCAGUUCAUCUUCGAGUAGCGAGUCGUCGUCUGAAAGCGAGAAAGAGAAGCCAAAAGAAAAGGAAGAUCGUUCGAAUUCGAUACGUGUUGCAAUGCGUAACCUCCUACGUGAACAAAAAGAAAGUGAAAAGGAGAGUAACAAUCGCGGCAAAUGGACUUCAGUUAACAAACCCGAUGAAGUAGCCGCCACCAACAAAGCUUCUAUAUCGGCAUCUUUGUCAUUAAUCGCAAAAGCUACACCAGCUGAAGGCACCCGAAGGGACGAGUUGAUUUCGCAAUGGAAUACCCCACAGCCGAUCAUCAGCGAAAGUGAGAAAAAACUCCUGGAAGAUCUGAAGGGUAAGCUGAAGACGAAAACAGCAGCUGAAUCGAAAGCAUCCAUCCCCGAAGCAACUGAUCAUAAAAAACGUGAACGUAGUCCAAACUCAAAAUCAAAUGAAGUAAGUAAAUCCAAGGCUAAUAGAAGCCCUGAUCCAAGGAGUCCCAUUCGUGAAUCUGUGGAGAAACGUAGCGAAAGUUUUGAUAAGCGAAGUCCUAGUCGCGAUAACAAGGGAAGGCGUAGUAAAAGUCCAGAAGAGUCAAGUGUCCAAAAACGAAGCAAGAGUCAGGAUCGAUUGGAGAAACGCAGUAGAAGUCGUGAUCGUAAGAGUCGAAGUGUAGAGAAGGGACGAAGAAGUCGCAGCUUAGACAAGGGACGAAGAAGUCGAGAUAGGCGUAGCAGAUCAAGAGGUAGACGGAACAGUAAGGAUCGGGAAAGACGCAGCAGAAGUCGUGGCAGACGAAAUAGGAAUGAUCGCCGUGGAAGGAUUUCACCAGAUAGGAAACGAAGAAGAAGCAGAUCACUUAGACGUAGCAGAUCACCAAGAAGAAGCAGAUCUCGACGAAGGUCCCGUAGCCCCGCAGCCAGAUACGGUCGUCGUCGAUCAUUUUCGCGUUCUCGAUCUCGCUCAAGAUCACGAAGUCAUCGAAUUGAAAAACCAAUCGUUCGUUAUCCAGAAUUCCGACCACGUGUCCCGCCAGGCGAAAACAAAAAACCAACGAAAAAGUCAGAAAAUGAAACGGAACGCAAAAAAUCGCCACCAACUAAAAAGACUUCGACAUCAUCGCAGCCAACAGGUGGAAAGAAGUUGCCGUUUAUCGGCCGAAUGCCAGUAUUUAAAAAACAAGUGCAAGGUGGCGAUGGUGAAAAGAAGGAUGGCGAGCUAAACGACGAUAUCAACAAAGAGCAAAUGACCAUGAAUUACGAACACUACGAUAUGGGCAUGAUGGUUGAUUACGACGAUCUAAUGCCGGACCCUAUGCAAUUUGUCACAUUGAUGGGCGCACCGCCGCCUCCACCGUCCGGCCCGCCUCCCGCUGAACAUGAGAAGGAUAUUCUCCCGCCCGGUAUUGAUGAAUCUGAAGUCGACUCGGUUCCUAAGCCAAUAAGUGACGCUCCAAUACCACGCAAAGGACCUCUGCCCAAAGAUUUCCAAGAAGCACUUAACAUAAUUUUCCCUGGGGAGAAAAAACCCGAAGAUGAAAUAUCUGAGAAGACCAACUCAAUACCAACUGAGCCAGCGAAGAAACUCGAACCUAGUCAAAUAGAGGCACCAGUGCCUGAGGAAAUGUCGCUUGACGCAAAUUCCCUCCCGGCAGACGAGGCAUCACAGCACAGCUUAGGCGAGGCAUUCUUAGGAUUCCCGCCGGCUCCUAUAGCAGCUCCCGUUGCAUACCCAGACAUAACACAAGACGUUCCAGACCUCGCAUCUCUAGUGGGAGCAGUUCCACCACCACCACCUCCUCCCCCACCAAAUCCAGUGGAGGAUGAUACAAAUGAAGGGAAAACAAGUGCAGAUAAGUCCGGGGAAAAGAAAGAGAACCGGGAGAAUGUCUCUCCGCCAAAUGGAAAUAUCCGGCGACAAGAAGAAUUGGACGAUUUAGCGAUGCUUGGAAUUGAUGCCGACGAUUUGGCCGCUCAAUGUAUGUAGUCACACAUCAAAACUUAAUUUUCAUUUUAAACUUGUUGGGAACAUUGGCUUGGAGGUGUCCGUGCUCGAAUCUUGCAUAAAUGUUCAAAUUGAAUUUAGUUGAUUACAAUAAAAAAGUUUGAAGCUUUUUAGAUAUAAAA